UUAGAGCAAUGGCGUAGGGUCAUUAAAGCUAAGUACUCAUCUAUUGAAGUCUACUGGAAAACGAGCUUAAGGUUUCUUUCCCGCCAAAUCUUCAUUGGCGUGUUUUGCAUCAGCGCUUUAAUUUUAUCUGUUUGUUUAUGUGCAAAGUAUCUUUUUGCAAUUAAUCCAAAACAAUGGAUGCUGCACAGCAAGGUCGAUUACAUGUGCGCGAUGAAAUCGGAGUCAAGUGUCAAAAAUUGUUUCAGGAUUUCCUGGAGGAAUUUAAGGAAGAUGGAGAAGUCAAAUACUUGGAGCCAGCUAAAGAACUCAUCAGUCCAGAACGUUGUACAUUAGAGAUAUCACUUGAGGAUAUUGAAACAUACAAUCAAGUUCUAGCUAGAACCAUAGUCGAGGAAUACUAUAGGAUAUAUCCAUUCUUGUGUCAAGCAGUAUGUAACUUUGUCAAAGAUAUAGGGGAAUUGGAGAAGAGUAAGGAGUGCUAUGUUAGUUUUGCUGAUGUACUUUCUAAGCUAAGUUUAAGAGAUUUAAAUACAUCACGAUUGGGUACUUUGUCUCGUAUAUCUGGACAAGUGGUACGAACACAUCCAGUUCAUCCAGAAUUAGUCCUUGGUACUUUUAUUUGUAUGGACUGUAAUGCAUUUAUUAAAAAUGUGGAGCAGCAGUUUAAGUUUACAAAUCCAACAAUCUGCUCCAAUCCAGUAUGUAGCAACAGACGUCGUUUUUUAUUGGAUGUAGACAAUUCAGUGUUUGUGGACUUUCAAAAAGUGAGGAUACAAGAAACACAAGCUGAACUUCCCAGAGGAGCCAUACCUCGUUCUGUUGAAAUUAUUCUGAGAGCAGAGAUGGUCGAAUUUGUACAGGCCGGCGAUAGAUACGAUUUUACUGGGACUCUUAUAGUAGUUCCAGAUGUGGGAGCAUUAUCUCUGCCAAAUGCCAAGGCAGAAAUUGGGCCAAAAAAUAGAAAUAAUGAGCAAAGAGAGGGUGUAAGUGGCCUCAAGUCACUUGGUGUUAGGGAAUUAACGUACAAAACGGCAUUCCUCGCCUGCAGUGUUAAUGCUACAAACUUGAGAUUUGGAGGCACAGAUAUGGCGAUGGAAGAAAUUUCGCAGGAAAUGAUGAAAAAACAAAUGUCGGAGGCGGAGUGGAAUCGCAUAUACGAGAUGAGUCGAGACAAGAAUUUAUAUGAGAACCUAGCUUCCAGUAUGUUUCCCGCGGUCCACGGUAACGACGAGAUCAAGAAGGGAAUUAUUCUCAUGUUCUUCGGCGGCGUGCCAAAGACCACGGAAGAAUGCACAUCUCUAAGGGGGGAUAUCAAUGUCUGCAUCGUUGGCGAUCCCAGUACCGCGAAGUCGCAGUUUCUUAAGUGCGUCGCCGAUGUUUCGCCUCGAGCGGUUUACACUUCCGGGAAAGCGUCGAGCGCGGCCGGCUUAACGGCUGCGGUGGUGCGAGACGAGGAGUCCGCGGACUUCGUCAUUGAGGCUGGCGCGUUGAUGCUCGCGGAUCAUGGCAUUUGUUGCAUCGACGAAUUCGACAAGAUGGACUUGAAGGAUCAAGUCGCGAUUCACGAAGCUAUGGAACAGCAGACGAUCUCGAUAGCUAAGGCAGGUGUAAGAGCGACUCUAAAUGCUCGGACGUCAAUAUUAGCGGCGGCAAAUCCCAUCGGCGGGCGAUACGACAGGAGAAAAUCGCUGCAGCAGAACGUACAGUUAACCGCGCCGAUCAUGUCGAGAUUCGAUUUGUUUUUCGUCGUGCUGGAUGAAUGUAACGAAAUUGUCGACAGCGGAAUCGCCAAGAGAAUCAUCGACUUACAUUGCGAUAAUCUGAAUGACAUCCAGAUAAUAUAUAAACAAGAGGAGAUCAUCAGAUACAUCAAUUUUGCUAAGCAUUUUAAGCCCGUUUUAAAUCAGGAAGCUGCUGCGCUCUUGGUGGAUAAUUAUACGGCUCUUAGACAGAGAACCGGCAGUGGAAGCGGCAAAUGGAGAGUGACCGUGAGGCAAUUAGAGAGCAUGGUUAGGCUGUCCGAGGCGUUGGCAAAACUCGAAUGCGUGGACGAAGUAACGGUGAAGCACGUGAGGGAAGCGAAGCGAUUGUUACAAAAAAGCAUAGUUACAGUAGAACAGCCUGAUGUGGAUCUCGAAGAGGGCAUGGAUGAUGCGAAUGCGGAAAUGGACGUCGACGAAGCACCGCCGCUCAUGGAAGCUCUUAACGCGCUAGACAACAACGAUGCACCGCCUCAACCUCCCGCCAAUGAAACGCGCGAGCCGCCGAAGAAGAAAUUAACGAUGUCCUUUGAGGUGUACAAAAAUUUGUCGAACAUGUUAAUCCUCUACAUGAGAAGCGAAGAGAGUCGUGUCGAAAGCGAAGAUGACAAUAAGGGUGGUAUACGGAAAUCGGAACUGGUUGUAUGGUAUCUCGAUCAGAUACAAGGACAAAUAGAUUCAGAAGAAGAGCUGUUGGAUCGGAAAAACUUCAUUGAGAAGGUUAUUGAUAGAUUAAUAUACAAUGAUCAAAUUAUAAUACCUCUGACAACAACUGAUUUGAGGAGACGUACAGAAGAUGAGAAAGACGAGGAAGAUCCUUUGCUUGUUGUUCAUCCCAACUACGUCAUGGAUAUGUAAUUUUACGCACUAUAUAUGUAUUAUGUUAAUGUCGCCAUAAGAGAGAUUAAGUGCCUUGUGACAACGGAAAACACUCAACCAUCUUUGCAGAAAACUAUAUCUACACAAUUUCUUUGUAUCGAAAAAUGUCAUAUUUUUUUAUUGAGAUUCUGCGAAUUUUAUAAAAAUUUUUAAACAACCGUAACAACGAUUUAAGUAAAUUAUUAUUAAGCCGUCAAUAAGCAUAUAUUUUUGUAAUAUUUAUAGUCUGU